GGAGAAAACGACGAUGGCAACGAAAAAGGAAUUUGAAAAGCUAAUGAAAACCUGUUUAUCAACAGAGGAACAGACGGCUUACAACUCUCUUAUUGUUUUAAAGAAACGUGCAAACGACAGGCAUAACCACUUGUUGUUAAUACAAUGCAGAAUAGUUCCAGUUUUCUUUCAACUCUUGGAAUUGGUAGAAGUGAAAAACUUGACAGACCGUCGUCGGAAAACAAUCGAUCUCUUGUUUAGCAUUCUUGGAGACCUGUGUAAUUUGCAGGAAUGUCGUGAUGAAGUUUACAAGCACUCAUAUGGACUGGAAUUCCUUGUGCUCUUCUUUUGUGAAUGUGAACAUGAAAGUAUACAAAACAGGAGUUGUAGAACUUUGGCCAAUCUGGCCAAACAUCCUGGUCUUUGUGAGAGCAUUCAUAAGACAGACUUCAUUGAGACACUUGUUACCAGAAUGGAAACAACUGAAAAUGUUCACCACCAACACACAUAUUGUAGGGCAGUCAGAUUACUGGGGAAUACACAACACCAGAAAGAUAGAAUAUUAUCACACAAUGCCAUAUAUCAAGUGUGUAAACUGAUUGAGUGUGAUGAUGCCUCUGUUAGGAAGGAGGUGUGUGAGGUGAUAGAGGACUAUGCACUUAAUAGACCCUCCUGUGAGUUUGCAACACAACUAAUCAGAUCUGGGGCUUUCAAGGUCAUCGUGUCCAAACUUGGUGACAAGGAUAACAAUUCAACAUUUUCACUGCUCUGCAAACUCAAUCAUAUCUCCAACAUCAGGCCAGAAUUUGGAUCAGCUGGAGGUUUACAAGCAUUCAUUGAAAUGUUCCAUCAAGUCACUGACCUGUCUAUACAAUUGACUAUCUUAAAUAUAGUGUGUUUGUGCUGUAAGGAGUCAGUCAACAGAGUGAAGGUCAGGAAUCUUGGUGGCCUGAAAAUCUUAUGUGAAACACUAAAGAACAAAGAUUAUCAAAAAAUUCAUGACAGAAUCAUUAGUGCACUACAGUGUUUUGUAUUUGAUGAGGCUGGUCUCAAUGUGCUGUUGGAAUAUGACCUAGUUUCUAUUCUUAUCCUUCACCUACAGAGAGUGGCAGAGUUUGAGUCCACAAUAGUUAGUGUGUAUGAUUAUUAUUUCACAGAAGAAGAAUUCCUCUCUCCUAAGACAACUUUUACACCAGGCAAGUUUGAAAAAUACUAUGUACAUUUGGCCCAGAGUCAGGAAUCUGACGAUCAUGAAAAAGACAUGGGUUCAAACAAAAAUGUUUUCAGCAUUGACAGUCCUACAUAUGAACCCAGAUCAGACUGGAGCCUGGAGGAGUAUCAGUCAGGUGCCAGGUGUAAGGAAACGUUUGAGUAUACAGAGACUCCCUCAUCCUCCCCGGCUUCAUUGAGUCCCUUAAGUACAGUGUCAUUUUACUCACCAAGUCUGUCCCCUACAUCCGACUACAGUCCCCCAUCUAGCCCUGGUGGUUUGGAUUCCUCAACAGUAAAUAGAGAUCCAAAUUACCCCUUUGUUUGUAGUGUGUCCUACAAGACUGACUCGUGUAGUCCAGGGGGAUAUUCUCCUGAGAAAGAUGAAGAGGUUGAGUCUUUUUUAGGACCAGAUGUAUACUCGGAAUCUGAGGAUGAAGAAAGCACUGAGACAAUGGAGAAAUGUGAAGAAGUAAAGCUACAAGAAAGCAGAUUAAGUGAGCAAGUGAGCAUUCCCAGAAUCAGUUUAUUCAAAAAUAAAAGGGAAGCUGCAGACAUGUCAGAAGAUGAAGAGAUUGAGCCAACAGUUAAACGGACGAAAACUGCUGUGAUGUCUCCAGUUAAGAGGAGAAGACAGGAAGCCUCCAGUACAGAGCAGCACAUUCUUAUCAUCUUAUCAAGGAUUUCACAGAUGUAUGAUCCCACUAAAUACUUAGUUAAUCUAGAGACAAUCUGUUGCUGUUUGGAUUAUUUAGCAUUAGUUGACAAACCCGAAAAAAGGAUGGCUAGGACUCUAUGUCGAAUUAUUGGAAAUCCACUCUGUUUAAAUACCUUGUUACAAAUUCAUAUGCCUGUACUUAUAUAUCACAAACUUUUAAGGUAUACUGGAAUAUCUUAUAGAGACAAAAUCCUUCAAUCAUUCUUGAAGUCAAAGCAUGAAUGUCUAAAAACCAAGGAGUGGAGUAAGAUUAGAAGCAGAUCAGACAGUGUAGAUUCCACUUCUUCACAAUUAUCUUUCCUUGACCUUGAGGAUUUUUGGUCAUCGGCAUCUACAAGUAAAAGUCCAGAAAACUUAAAAACUUCAGACAAAGAGUCAAAGAGCUCAGCUUCUAAUGACAAGAAAUCUUCAGGGGAGGAAAGCCUUUCUUUUCCAUUCAAGGCAGGACUUAUUCUGCUUCAAGAUGUCUCCACGCAGGUAGAUGGCCCCUAUGGACGUGGCGAGGUUGCACACUGGCUCCACAAGACAGAUCCAGAUACUAAAGAUUUUGCCAUCUUCUCCCUUCUCUUUGCUCUCUGGAAUACUGGAAUGACCAAACACUACUUCAUAAAACAGAACUUCAUGGAAGCCAUCUUUAAACACGUAACUAGUGAUCUAAGUCAUCCUUCUAAGAGAGCAGUGAUUGAGGCCCUGUGUUUUGUAGGACAUAUCUUGUUUAUGUCACACUCAGACCCAAGUAAUCAUGAAGUCAAACUGGCCUUCAGUGCCCUACAAAACUCUGGUCUGACUGCGGGCACAGGAUGCAGGUAUGAAAGUGUUAAGUGCAAAGAUGUUUCAUUCCAUGUUCAAGACACCAUUCUGUCAGGGAACAGGGAGACACUUGUCAAAAGUUCAGACCUUUUCCAAGCAAUGUUGGAGGGUCAUUAUUCCGAAUCCAGAGAACAAGAAGUUGUUCUGUCUAACACCACUCCAUUUGCCGUGAACUACAUCCUACAUUAUCUACAUGGUUGUGAUUUGUCAUGUGAAAUUCUGGGAAGCCUAACAAACUGUGAUAAAUCUGAGGAAGCACUGUGCAAUAUUCUGGACACUGUUGUAUUAGGUCAUCGAUACAUGUUAACAGAACUAGUCAACUUUCUAUUAAUUUUGCUGGAGCACAAUGUCUCUUCAGAGAAUGCUUGCCAUGUUUUCCACUUUGCCUUGACUUAUGACCUCCAUGAACUUAUUGUGACAAGUGUGAAGUCUACAUUUUCUUCACCCUGUGUAGCUGAGAGAGUGAAUGGUUUUCACAACUUCCUAGGAGGACCAGAUGCUGACCAUUUCAUCAGUGUCUUAUUUGAUCUUCUGUUGGAGAGGACAUAUUAAUGAACCAUCUUAAAAAGGAUCAUCUGGUUAUUACAAUGAAUUUUUCAAAGUUUGAUUUUGUGUUUAAAUUUCAAUAUAUAAUUGCAUAAAGAUCUGUAAAUGACCAGAGGAUAGGAAAUACAUAUAAUUCGUUGUUUAUAUAGAAUUUUGUUUAUUGAAAGUUA